UUUAGAGUUUACAUCACCCAUGGGGUAUUUAAUGGCAUUGAUAUCGCGGAGGAGGUGAAUUCCUCAUUCCAGCGACCUAUCAAGGAACAAAUGGACAGCAAGACUACUGACUAUCUCGAGAAAACAGCGAUUGGGGGUCCUCAACACCACCCUUUGCGCAAAGAGGAACAAAAAAUGGACACCAAGCCUGCCGAUUAUCAUCUGGAGGAAACAACUGUCGGGAGCCCUAAACAUCAAAUGUCCCAAGACUGGAGCGACAUCACUCAAGAUGCAAAGGAAGCUACUGCCGCUGAACACAGUACGACAUUCUGGCAGGGAAUUAAGCUGUAUCGCAAAGCCGCGUUUUGGUCGUUCAUCGUUUCCAUGACCAUCAUCAUGGAAGGAUACGACACGGCUCUCCUCGGCAACUUCUAUGCGCUCCCUGCCUUUAAGGAAAAAUACGGCUCCCUCCAGAAAGGGUCUUACCAGAUCUCAUCACCGUGGAUGAACAUGUUGUCUUACCUACAAAUGAUCACCAACAUCAUCGCGGCACAGGCCGCCGGCUCCCUGUCGCAACGAUACGGCUACCGACCAUUGUUGCUAUCGGCUCUGGUGCUCAUGGCCGGUGCAAUAUUUGUCACAUUCUUCGCACCGAGUUUGCCUGUUUUACUGGUCGGCGAGCUGCUGUGUGGUAUCCCCUGGGGCACUUUUGCCGUGCUUGCUCCGGCCUACGCUUCCGAAGUUUGUCCCGUCGUCCUCCGCGGUUACUUGACGGCGUAUCUCAACCUGUGCUGGGUGAUUGGGCAACUCAUCAAUGCCGGGGUCGUGUAUGGCCUCCAAGAUUACCCGGGCCAAUGGUCUUACCGGAUUCCCUUUGCCAUUCAAUGGGUGUGGGUGAUUCCACUGUUCUGUCUCAUCUUCCUGGCUCCCGAAUCUCCAUGGUGGUAUGUCCGCAAAGGUCGUCUGGAAGACGCCGAGCGUUCCCUGCAGAGGCUCUCGCAAGACUCGGCCGCAAUCAACACAAAACAGAUGGUGGCGAUGAUGUUGCACACUGACAAUUUCGAAAAGGAGCAAGAGUCCGGAACGUCGAUACUCGACUGCUUCAAGGGGUCGAACCUUCGACGAACCGAAAUCGCCUGUGCCGUUUACGCCAUGCAGCCCAUGACGGGGGGAGCACAGAUUCCGGGAUCGUACUUCUUCGAACAGAUCGGAUUGUCGGUGCGAGAAUCUUUCGGGAUGGGUUUGGGUGCCACCGCCGUCGCAUUUUGCACGUCGAUCUUGGCCUGGGUCGUCAUCGGGUUCAGCGGGAGACGCAGAAUGCUCCUCAGUGGUAUGGCUGGCAUGGUGAUCGUGCUCUUGACAAUCGGCUUUCUGGCUCUCGGUCCCACUUCGACGAACCAUGCGAUCCCUUGGGCCCAGGGGUCGCUCGCACUGGUUUUCAACGUGUGCUACAACCUUUCCGUCGGGACCCUGGCAUUCACCAUCUUCAGCGAGGUCUCCUCGACCCGACUGCGCGGAAGAACCAUCGCCCUGGCCAAGAAUGUGAAUGCCGCGAGCAGCAUCGUCGUGGGGGUCGCCAGCCCAUAUUUCAUCAACCCGCAUAAUCUCGACUGGAAGGGCAAGGUGGGCUUCUUCUGGGCCGGAAUCAACGUCCUGUGGAUGGUCUGGGCCUAUUUCCGUCUGCCGGAACUCAAGGGUCGCACGUACGAGGAGAUUGACAUUCUAUUCGCCCAAGAGGUCAAGGCAAGAGACUUUAGAAAGCACGUCGUCGACUUGACCGACGUAUGAUUGAUCAGACAGAACGGAAGCCACAAAGGAACUACCACCUCGGGUAUUGUUUCUUGCGUUUUCAAAAAUCUCAUCAUCAUCAUAGUUACCACUUGGUUGGUAUUUGAAUGGUCCGAAAUAUUGGUUGUCCACUCACUCCUAUUUGUAUGAAUCGCUCCCGAACUGGUCACGACACAGGGGAAUCGCGGGUCAUC